AUGCACAACAUUCAACUUGUUGGUACUGAAGUUUAUGAAAAAGAUAAAGAAGUAACUCGUGUUAUUGCUGAAUUUCAACCAAAAUCAUUAUGUGAAUCAUUAAUACGUUUUAAACAACUUGAAGGAGAAACACUUGUUAAAGAACAAAUGAUAAAUAAUGAUUUAAAACUUAUUGAUGGAAUGUCAAUUGAAAAUGUUCGAAAAUUGAAAGAUAAAACAUCAACUGAUGCAUAUUAUAUUGAAUAUGAAAAUAGUCGAGAAAAAUUUCAAGAAUAUGUUCGAUAUUUUGAACGUCUUUUACAUGAACGUAAAACAAUAAAACAACAUUGUAAACAAGCUGAAAUUUUUUAUGAUGCACAAUAUCAAGAUGCAAAUAUUGUUGUUGAAGCAUACAAAAAUUUUGGUGAUAAAGUAGCAACAUUAAAGAAAAAACUUGAUAGUUUAAUAAGAGACUUACCUGAAACUGUAUCACCACCAUCGGCAGAUAAUGUACCAUCACCUGGAAAUACUCCUCCUGAUUAUCGUCAAACUGAUAUGGAUUUAUCUGAUAAUGAAGAAAAUAAUUCAAAAUCUCCAUCAGAUCGAACAGCAAUUGUACGAACAACACGUGCUGAUCCUCGUCAUCAUCGUAAACAUGUUCAUCAUCGUCAUCAAUCAUCUCAGCAAUAUUUUGAUGAUGCUGAUGAACGAUCAAAUAAAGAUAAUUCAAAUUUAUCUCCAUUAGGUAAUGGGGAAAAUAAAACAACAUUACAACAAACACCAAUGAUUGAUGUUAAUUUAAUAACUGAUUUACUUAUUCAACAUUCACAAUCAACUGGUUUUGAAAAAAGUCUUGAAAUGCUUACACAAACAUUACGACAACUUACAGAUCCAAAUACAAUAUCACCGACAACAACAACUGCAACAACAAAUUCUUCGCAACCAUCUAAUCAACUUCAACAAACAAAUCCAUUUGAAAAUCUACUUAUGAAACGUCUUCAACCAUCAAUUCCUCAAACAGUUCUACCACCACCACCAGUUACAUCACAAGUUUGGUUUAAUUCAACAACUCCUCAAACAUUUCCAUCAUCUGUUCCACCAUUUUUUCCUCUUCCUGGUCAGCAACCACCGAAUGUACCUAUGGAUUUUCAUUCACUACAACAAUAUCAAAAUCAACGAAACUAA